UUAAAAACAUUUUUGUUAUAAAUAUAAAAAAUUAUAAUAAUAAUAAUAAUUUAUUAAUUUUACUUUUUUUGAAAAUAUAUGAUGUAGGACAUUACUCAUAUGUAAUUUCUUUUGUCAGAAAAAAGGAAGCAUCAAACGUUCUGAAAGCAAAAGUAGAUUCUACAAGUUCAACGUUUUGUUUAACAAACGACUUGAAACGUGUCGAAAGUACUCUCUUACUGACACUUUUGUAAUCAACCUGUUAUGGCCGAGGGUGGUUCAACCAGCUCUAUGGAUGUGUCUAGUUCUGUGACAAAUACAGGUACAGGGUUGAUACAACACCCAUCUGAUCAGCCAUCACUGACAUCUCAGCAUCAACCAAACGUGUCAUUAGAUCAGAUAGAGAAAUAUUUCGAGAGCAAAUCUCCCAUCAGCUGUCUUAUGGAGUAUGCUUCAAAGAUGCAAUGCAGAGUGACGUUUGAAGAGAGUGGAAAUGAAGACCCAGUAGCAAAGUUUGCUUGUUUGUGUACUGUUAAUGGAAUCCGAUACCCACGAGGGAUUGGAAACUCGAAAAAAGAUGCAAAGACAGAUGCAGCUAGAAAAGCUUAUAUACAGAUUCUUAGUGUAGAAGCAUUCCCAGCUGAACAGUCAGUGCCGGUAGUAUCUAUUCACCAACAAGCAGCCAGUUGUGGAGAACUGAAACCAGUGCCUCAAGACCUUAUUACUGCCUUUAUGAAAGAAACUAAAUCGUCAAUCUCCUGUGUCAAUGAGUAUGCAUCAAAGAUGAAUUAUAAAGUGAUAUUUGAUGAGAGAGAAGACCCAGUAGCAAAGUUCAUUUGUGUGUGUACUAUUAACGGAAUUAGCUACCCACAAGGGAUUGGAAAGUCGAAAAAACAUGCAAAGACGGAAGCAGCUAGAAUUGCUUUUACCUCCGUGAGUGGCUUAUCUCAAGAGCACGUGAAUAUAAGAGAUUCGAAGUCGUGCCAUGGUGACUUGCCAUCCAUUCAACAGCCACAAAGAGUACCUGUAGACCUGAUAAAGGAAUUUAAAUCGGGAAAACAACCUGUCAGCUGUAUUAAUGAAUAUGCAGCAAGAAUGAAAGUUACAGUGGGGUUUAAAGAAGAACACUGUGGUAAAGGCGAUUCAGUCAAAAAGUUCAGUUGUGUCUGUGCCGUCGAUGGUGUUGACUACUCAACCGGAUUUGGAUACACCAAGAAAGAAGCAAAGACAGAGGCAGCUCGAAUUGCUUUUACUGACAUCGCUGGCUCAGAUCUAUUGGAAGUGGGAACAGAAGUUGGUGCGGACAGAUCACUGAAUGAACAGACAGUAGCGAAAUUCAUAGCGUCCGAGCCAGCACACGAAGCAGCAUCUGACGAAACAACCAAAAAGUCCCUCGAUCUUCAGCAACUAAGUCACUCACUGGAUGGUACGGACAGAUCACUGAAUGAACAGACAGUAGCAAAGGUCAUAGCGUCCGAGUCAGCACAUGAAGCAGCAUCUGAUGAAACGAACAAGUCCAUUGGCCUUCAGCAACUAAGUCACUCACUGGGCUCAAUGUCCCUAGGGCAGAAAUCAAAAGAAAGUUCUCCAGUGCUGGCCAGUUCACGACCUAAUACAUCGUCAGUGGUGAAGGACGUCACUUUAAACCCCCAGCUACAUGUAGGUGAACACACCAGCAGACAGACCCCUGGUAUUGAACCAAGUCCCUCGGCAGGCUCAGUGUACCAGGAACAGAGGUCAGCAGAUGCAGAGAAACAUGAGGCUGAAUCAGGCUGCAGCCAAUGAGAAGUCGCCUUGUUAUUGAGUAACAAUUCGAGCUGAACUAUCGAAUGCAAAUUAUACAACCGCUGGAACCAAACAGCUGUUGACAUUUACCAAAUUAACAAAAG